AUGUCAUUAGUUGAAGAAGCUAAAAAGCAAGCUGCCUAUAAAGCAGUGGAUGACAAUUUCCCACCCCAUGCUAAAUACGUUGGGAUUGGAAGUGGAUCUACUGUAGUUUAUGUGGCAGAAAGAAUUGGACAAUUAAAGAAUAAAGAUAGUUUUAUCUGUAUACCAACAGGAUUCCAAUCUAAACAAUUGAUUAUUGAUAAUGGAUUGAAAUUAGGUACUAUUGAACAAUUUUCAGAUUUAGAUAUUGCCUUUGAUGGAGCUGAUGAAGUUGAUCCUCAAUUGAAUUUAAUCAAAGGGGGUGGAGCAUGUUUAUUUCAAGAAAAAUUAGUAGCUGUUAGUGCAAAGAAAUUUGUUGUGGUUGCUGAUUAUAGAAAGAAAUCAGAUGUAUUAGGGAAACAAUGGAAACAAGGUAUCCCAAUUGAAAUUGUACCUAAUUCAUAUGUUAAAAUCACUAAGGAUUUGAAAUCAUUAGGUGCUAUCACUGUUACUUUAAGACAAGGUGGUAAAGCUAAAGCAGGUCCAAUUAUAACUGAUAAUAAUAAUUUUCUUAUUGAUGCUGAUUUUGGAGAAGUUAAAGAUCCUGUUAGUUUACAUAAUAAGAUUAAAAGUUUAGUAGGAGUAGUUGAAACUGGGAUAUUUACUAAUGUUGCUUCUGUUUCUUAUUUCGGUGAAGAAGAUGGUAAAGUAAGCCAAUGGACAGUUUAA